GUUCUACAAUGGCAGCUAGCAACCUCAAACCUCAAGAGUAAAUUGGUAUAAAAGUCCAGCUUCUGGGCGGUUGUAGUGCCAACCAUCUAGCCCUUAGCCACCCAUCUCUUCCAGCUCAAACAGAUUUCCUACAACCCAUCAUCAACUCCUCCAUCUCUCACAAACGACUAUCAAACAAAGCUACUCCUUCACCACCCAAAAUGUACACCCCAUCCAUCCUCACGCUCCUCGCAGCAGCAGCCUUCCAUCUCGGAACCCCCGUCUCAGCAAACUACGAGUCCGGCAAAGCCGUACAGAUCAACUUCUACUCCAACUCAGGCUGCUCCGCCUAUACCAGCGAGACGGCGGCAUGGUGGACCCGCUCCCCGCACGCGGCCGAGUACGUCAACGGCGGGAGCGCGGGCGACUGCUUCUCGCUCGGAAUGCCGGGCGCGAGUGGGAGUCUCAACGUCGCCGGCGCGUGGCGGGGCAACGGGGCCCAGACGGGCGGCGGGUGCGAUUUGUACGACGGAUACAACUGUGGUGGCGCCAAGGGGCGCAUUGGUUUCAAUAGCGGUUCGGGAGGCUGUGUUGCUUCCAGGAGCUCGAAUGGGUUGUUGUGGAAGAGCGCUUACUGCGGAGCCGCCUGAGUGUGGCGGAAGGGGAAAAGGGGGC